ACAAACUAGGAUUAAGGCCAUAGCAUUAGAACAGAGAAAAAGAAAAGAAGAACAGUCAAGAAAUGGCUCUUCAACUUCAUGCUUUGAACCCUCCCUCCCCUGUUUCAAUCCGACCUGCCCCAUAUGUCAUACCAAGCGCUCCAUGCAAUGUUCGAUCGAAUUGGCAGAUUCGAUGUGUUGCUAGCAUUCAAUCCUGUAGAAUAUCUCAACUAGAAGAAAAUAAGCCAUCAAUAGUCUACCAACCUACCAUUUGGGACUAUGAUUUCGUCGAGUCCUUACGUAGUGGUUAUGUGGAUGACACAUUCAGAACAAGAGCUAAAGAACUUACAGAAGAUGUCAGGGUUAUGCUCAACAAGGAGGUUGAUCCAUUGGCUCAGCUCAAGCUGAUUGAUGUCUUGCAAAGGCUGGGUUUGGGAUACCUCUUCGAUAAAGAGAUAGACCGAAGCUUGCAAGCGACAUACAAUGAUGGCAAUACCGAUAAGUGGAUCAAGGAUGAUUUAUAUGCAACUGCUCUCCAAUUUAGGCUCCUUAGGCAAUAUGGAUAUCAAGUCUCCCAAGAUGUGUUUAGUGGCUUCUUGGAUGAAAAAGGAAAGUUCAAGGAGUCCAUCAGUGGUGACAUAAUGGGAAUGCUGAGCUUGUAUGAAGCUUCAUACCUUGGUGCAGAAGGUGAAAGCAUCUUGGAUGAGGCCAGAGACUUCACUAAAAGACAUCUUAAAGAUAUAAAGGACUACAAAGACUCAAAUAUUGAGGCCCAAGUGAACCAUUCCUUGGAAGUUCCCCUGCACUGGAGGAUGCUUAGACCAGAGACAAGGUGGUAUAUUGAUGCAUACCAGGGACAAGAGGAUUUGAAUCCUAUCAUUCUUGAAUUGGCUAAGCUGGACUUCAACAUGGUUCAAGCAGUACAUCAGAGAGAUCUCAGACAUGCAUCAAGGUGGUGGAGAAAUCUUGGUUUAGCACCGAGAUUGAGCUUUGCAAGGGACCGGUUGGUAGAGAGUUUCUUGUGGAGUAUGGGGAUUACCUAUGAGCCUCAGUAUGACCGCUGCAGGAACUGGCUUACAAAAGUCAUGAAUUUUGUUCUAAUCAUAGAUGACAUUUAUGAUGUCUAUGGAUCUCUAGAGGAACUUCAGCUUUUCACUGAUGCAGUUGAGAGAUGGGAUAUGGCAGCACUGAAAGAACUUCCAGAUUAUAUGAAGAUGACUUUCUUAGCUCUCUUCAACACCACUAAUGAAAUGGCCUAUGACAUUCUCAAAGAACAGGGUUGGGAUAUCCUACCAUACUUGACGAAAAGGUGGGCAGAAUUCAUUAAGGCAAUGUUUGUUGAGGCCAAGUGGUACCAAACAAGAACAACCCCACCAACAGAGGAGUACAUGAAAAAUGGAUGGGUUUCAUCUUCUGGGACAGUAUUUCUUGCCCAUGCUUUUUUCGCAACUGGACAAAAGAUCACAGAUGAAGUACUUGAAUGCCUGGGGAGCAACCCAGAUCUGAUAUUCGGCCCUGCCAUGAUCUUCCGCCUUUCAAAUGAUCUCGCCACUUCAUCGGCCGAGCUAGAGAGAGGCGAUGUUUCAUCAUCAAUCCAUUGUUACAUGUAUGAACAUAAAGUUUCUGAGCAGGUCGCCCGCGAAUUCAUUAGAGACAGGAUCAUGGAGACUUGGAAAUUGAUGAACAAAUCUAUCACUAAUUCUCCUUUCUCCACCCAAUUUGUUCAAUUCUGUCUAAAUCUUGCCCGGACAUCACUUUGUGUAUACCAAUAUGGAGAUGGACUUGGUGCAGAGAGCAACAAAAGCAAGGACCAUGUGUUGUCCUUGAUAGUCAAACCUCUUACCAAAGGGAGCCCUGUAACUCAUUCAAAGCCUGUUGAUGAUGGUCUACUUUCAGUUUCAUAAGAGCCAGUUAUGUAACAGUGGCUCCUAGUUUCAGCUACUUGAACCUUUGGUGGAUUAAUGUCCCAAUAGAUUUAAUAUGUCAGAGCAGUAUACAUAAAAAAGCUUCAUAAUCGGAAUCACCAUUCUAAUAAUUGGAUGAGCUCCCUACUUUCCUUUUGUUUAUGUCACAGAUGACGAAGGACUGUAAUGUUCUAGUUUUUUGAGUUAUCAAUGUGAAAUCUAAUAUUUGGAAGCGAGGUUUGAAAA